UCAGAUAGCACUAACCGAGGUUUAGCAAAUUAUGCGCAUGCGCGUAUGAGUUACUUUUAACCAUUUUCCGGUAUUUGUCGUAAACGUUCUUCCAGUUUGGUCUUCAAGGGCAUUUUACGAACCCGAGUCAACAUGCUUCGGUUUGCUAAAGCAGCCCUGAACGUCUCCGGACAAGGUGCCCGUCUUGUGAGGUUCAGUUCAACCCAUGCCCCCGAAUUCCAUGCCAAGUAUGGCACUGGCCUGAUGGUCGGAGGAUUCGCGUUCUGUGUGUCAGUCUGGGGAUUUGUACUAACACAAACUGGCAUCACAUGGAAUCUGUCUCCAGUUGGGAAGGUCCAACCCAAACCAUGGAGGGAUGCGGAAGAAUAAUGGACUGAGACUGCUCUCUUGAGAAAUCGACCACAGCAGACCACAACACUUAUUCCAGAUAUCCCUAUAAACAUUCUGGUUGUACAGAUGGAUACCCAUGUUUUUAACUUGUUGCCGUCCUGACAUUACCCAUGUAAUCAAUAAAUGAAAUGUAAACCAAA